UUCGGAUAACGCACCAUAUCAAAAUCCCAACAACCCGACAACAUUUUCAUACACAAAAAUGAAUGAUAAACCCUUCCAUCAUUAAUCCAAACACCAAAAAAUGUCCUCAUCAAUUCUUCAUCAUCACCUUCUCCUUCUUCCAACCUCAUUUAAAAAACCCCAAACUCUUUCCAAAUUCACACCAACCUUUCAAAUUAAAGCCACCACAACACAAUCAUCACAAUCCACGACCCAAAAACGACGCACCAAAAAAAACAACCCAACUCAAAACGACACAUCACAACCUCAAAACGCAGAAACAGAACAAGAACAACACGAAUUAGAACACUACGACGACGGAAUCGAUUUCCCAUACGAAGACCCACCGUUAGUAUGCUGUUUCGGAGCAACACAGAGGGAAUUUAUCCCUACUGUGCGGGUGCACGAGUUUCCAAUGCACCCCGAUAUUUACUCAGAAUGGAAAAUGUUACAAUGGAAGCCGCCGGAGUUCGCUCGAGCACCUGGUGGGCCACCGUCCAAUGUGGCAGUGGCCCAUGUUAGGCUCGGCGGACGGGCGGCUUUGUUGGGGAAAGUUGGGGAGGAUGAGUUUGGUGAAGAGCUUGUGUUGGCUAUGAAUAAGGAGAAAGUGCAGACUAGAGGUGUGAAAUUCGAUUCGGGGUUUAGGACUGGAUGUGCUUAUAUGAAGGUGAAGUUUGAUGAUGGGAAGAUGAGGAUGGAGAUUGUUAAAGAAUCUGCUGAGGAUUCUCUUCAUAGCUCUGAAUUGAAUCUUGCUGUUUUGAAAGAGGCUAGGAUUUUCCAUUUCAAUUCAGAAGUUCUAACAUCCUCUUCUAUGGAAUCAACUCUCUUCAAAGCAAUUAAAUGGUCAAAGAAGUUCGGUGGCCUUGUGUUUUUCGAUUUAAACUUGCCAUUACCUCUAUGGAGAUCACGCGAUGAAACUCGAGAAAUAAUCAGAAAAGCAUGGCAUGAAGCAGACAUCAUUGAGGUUUCAAGAACUGAACUAGAAUUCCUUUUAGACGAAGAACAUUAUGAGAGGAAGAGAAAUUAUGAACCACAAUAUUAUGCCGAAGAUUACGAACAUACCAAGAAUCGUCGCGAGUAUUACCAUUACACCGCCGAGGAAAUCUCGCCUUUGUGGCAUGAUAAACUUAAGUUCCUGUUUGUAACCGAUGGAACUAUUAGAAUACACUAUUAUACCCCUUCCUUUGACGGCGUUGUUGUUGGAACUGAAGAUGUCCUCAUAACUCCGUAUACUUGCGAUAGAACUGGCUCGGGUGAUGCUGUUGUUGCUGCUAUCAUGAGAAAACUAACCACUUGCCCAGAAAUGUUUGAAAAUCAAGACGUUUUGGAGAAACAGCUACGCUUCGCUGUUGCAGCCGGAAUUAUAUCACAAUGGACUAUUGGUGGAGUUAGAGGUUUCCCUACUGAAAGUGCUACUCAGAAUCUUAAAGAACAAGUUUAUGUACCUUCUAUGUGGUGAUAAAAAAUUGUAUGUGCAACUAGAAUAGAACUUAGCAGUGUCAUGAGGAAUUAGUUAGUAUUUAAUUGUUUCAUAAUUUAUUAUAUAUCCUUUACUAGGAGUGUUAUAUCUCAAAUGGGAGCUGGUAGAAGAACACAAUCAAGAUUUUUGUAGAAAUUGUUUACUUUGGCUCCAAUCUUUGUUUCCCAAAACUACUUCUGAGUGGCAGGUGGCGGAUGUUAAUUAAAAACAUUGUAGUUGAGAAUUGGAAUGUUAUUUUUGUAAGGUAUUUGUAGUUUGUGCUUCUAA